UGGUUCCACCGCAGCUCUUCCCUUUCUUAGAUCUACAUAUUCAUAUUAUACUUAUAAAAGGUUGAGUUGAAGAAGAGUCCCAAUCACUUUCACAUUCUACAAACAAAAAUUCCUUAGUCAACUAAUUGUAUUAUAUUAUCGGUAUAUAAAAUUAGUGUUCAAGAUCUCGUCUGCUUGUUUGCUUCUUGAUGAGGAGAUGGGGAAAGGUUCAGUGAUAAUCUACAUCACAAUUGCUGUGCUCCUCCUACUCCUCAUCUCUCAAUCUCCUUCCAACAAAGCUGGUAAACGACAUGGGCAUCGCCGCCUCAAGCUUCGCUCCAACUUCACUUUUGACCAACAUAUUCACCAUGAACAUGAACGCAUUCCUUUUGACCCUUUAGUGGCUAAAAUAGAGCGACAUCGUGAGGAUAAGGAAUGGGAGAAGCAGUACAUUGACACCCACCAUCCAGAAUUACAUCAUGAACAUGCUCCUGGUGAAGAAUCGCAGCCUGAAUGGGAAGACUUUAUGGAUGCUGAAGACUAUCUUAAUGAUGAAGACAAGUUCAAUGUCACCGAUAGGCUUGUGUUGUUGUUCCCAAAGAUUGAUGUUGACCCAUCUGAUGGCUUCGUGAGUGAGCAUGAGUUGACCGAGUGGAAUCUUGAGCAGAGUAGGAAGGAGGUGUUGCAUCGGACUGAGAGGGAGAUGGAGGUUCAUGACAAGAAUCAUGAUGGUUUUGUCUCUUUUUCUGAGUAUGAGCCGCCCAGUUGGGUUCGCAAUUCAGAUAACAGUUCUUUUGGAUAUGAUAUGGGCUGGUGGAAAGAAGAUCAUUUUAAUGCAUCAGAUGUAGAUGGAGAUGGACUUCUGAACAUUACUGAAUUCAAUGACUUUCUACAUCCCGCCGACACCAGAAACCCCAAAUUACUCAACUGGCUAUGCAAGGAGGAAAUAAGGUUCAGCAAAUUUGCUGCUUUAACAUUUUUCUUAAAUAAGAGCUUCAAUCAUUUUGCUGCUUUUUUUUCUCGUGUAUGAUGGUCUAUUUUACCU